AUGUAAUCUAGCCAAAUUUAUCAUCAACCCUCCUACAACUAACAAUUAUUUACCUUCGAAAGUCCCAGUAAAAACUUUUUCAAUUCAAAUCUAAGUUAUGGAAACAUAGCUGAUGCCUAUAUAAAUGAAAAUUUCAUGGUUACAAGUACAGCUAACACUGCUAUUGGAAGACUCAGGGCUUUGGAAGAGCCAUCUCCAUUGAUCUCAUCUCUAGAUUAGGCUCAAAUUCAGCAUCAAGAUUUUUUUCAGCCUGCAUCAAAUGCAAACUAGGCGGGGAAUCUUUCGUUUCAUAAUAAUGAUCCGCCCUCUUAAGAAAGCUUCCUCAAUAGCAACUAGCCAGGACUCUUUGAGUUCAACGACGAUAAGUGGAAGAGAUAAUUCAUGUGA